UCAAUGAAAACUGGACAGAAAAAGCAGCCGGCUUCAAUGACACAGAACAGUGUUUGGACGGCUGGGUUUUCAGCACUGACAAAUACACCACCACCAUCGUUUCUGAGGUUCAGUACUGCCUAAAUGAUCACUGACAGUCAGCCUGUAGUACACGAAUUGUUUCGUAUGGCUGUGACAUUAAAAGACUUCGAGAGCUAAAACAUUGGGAUCUUGUGUGCGACAAUGCAUGGAAAGUCCCUUUCUCCACCUCUUUCUUCUUUGUGGGGGCACUUAUUGGAUCUUUUAUUAGUGGACAUCUAUCAGACCGGUAAGUCUGUCAUAUAAAAAUAUGUAAUCAACCUUUGUUUAAAAAACGUUAAGAUAAGAAAAGGAGGCUGAAAGAUAUCGUGGCUUUAACAAGUAGCCUUUGUCUUUUUUUUCUUCACGAGGAAAGGUUAAAAAAGAUUUUUUUCUUACCUGGGUGAAUUGAAAAAACAUAAAAAGCUUUUGAUAUAUGAUUACUAAAGUGACCUACAAAUAAAACUAGUUGCUUUAAAGUUUUAGGAGGAGGGUUAAAUUGUUUUCAGAACAGAGUUGUCCAGAUAAGUCAUGUAAAAAUAUUUAAUACUGCAGUCUGAAAGAUGGAGGAGUGUGGCUCAAAGAGGCUCCUAAAUUUAGGUCUGUGUAUUAAAUGUGCAUGUUCUUUUGUGUGAGUAUGUAUUUCCUGGCUGAAAACUAUCAAGAGUGUAUUUAGAACUCUGCAGGUUUGAGGUUGAAGCCUGCAGAGCUGUUUUCAUGUCAUCUGAGGCUUGUGUUUGUUUCCAGUUUGGAUUCUAUGAUCCGCUUGUCUCAGCAAGUUGUUUGGUAAACGGAUCAAAGAUCUGGAAGCAGAUAUUCAGUCUAAAUAUCCAGGUAGUGGGCAACAGAGCAACAUGUAGUAGUGUACGCACUACUGUGGUAGAAGGGAAUCUUUUUCUUAGUUCAUAACAAGCAGGCAAAGCUACAAGUAAAGAUUGUCUCUUUCACUUUUAGUUAUUGGUAUUUGAGUUGUUUUUUUAUUUAAAAAUUUUUUUAUAUAUAUAUAUUUACAUAUGUAUUAUUUGAUGAGCUGAAACCAAACAAUUUUUAACAGUGGUGCUGACAGAAAACAAUUAAAACCCAUACCAUCUGAGAGAAUCAAAAAAAUAGAGAGAAGUAAAACUGAUAACCAGCCCAAACUCACUAUGAUACUGUUAUGUUUUCAUGACAUUACAUCUUUACAUCUCUGUAUUCCCUAUUUCUUCAUAACUUUUCUUACAGAUUUGGUAGAAAGCCAGUAUUUUUUUUCACUAUGAUCCUACAAACAGUCACCGCCUUGAUCCAGGUCACCUCCGUCAGCUGGGUCAUGUUCACUAUCCUCAACUGUCUAAGAGGACUUGGCCAAAUUUCCAAUUUCAUUGCAUCACUCGUACUCGGUUCUGAAAUGCUGAGUAAGUCUGCCAGGGUGACCUACAUUCUGCUGGGACACAGUCUUGGGUUUGGCUUUGGUUAUGCCUUAUUGCCCCUCUUUGCUUACUUCAUACGUGGCUGGAGGAUGCUGCUGGUUGCUGCUGCCCUCCCAGGCUUCCUAUUUAUUCCAACGUGGUGCUUGAUUCCUGAGUCGCCUCGUUGGCUUUUGCAGAAAGGUCGAGUGGAGGAGGCUGAGCUUGUCAUACGUAAGGCUGCCCAGUGGAACAGAGUCCCCGCCCCUGAGGUCAUAUUCAGAGCUGGGGAUUGCUUGGAGCUCAUGCAAAAUAAAGAUGAAGAACAGCAGACAUACACUUACAUGGACUUGAUGCGCACCCAUAACAUAAGGAACAUAACAAUUUUAGGUGUUUUCAUAUGGAUCUCUGUGGCCAUGGUCUACUAUGGGCUCUCUCUCAAUAGCAGCAACCUGCAUGGAAACAUCUACCUCAACUGCUUCAUUUCUGCAGCCAUUGACAUUGUUGUGUAUGUAGCCACCUGGCUUCUGAUUGAUAGGGCUCCACGGCCCACUUUACUCUUCACCACGCUGAUGUUCUGCGGUAUCAUGCUUCUGGUUAUAAAGCUGGUUCCUGAAGACAUGCCCAUCAUGGUCCAGGUGUUGGCUUUGGUGGGAAAGACCGGUGUAUCUGCUGCUUACUGCUUUAUCUACGUGUUUUUCACUGAGCUGAUGCCCACUGUGGUCAGGAACAUGGGCUUGGGGAUCUGCGCCACAGCUGCACGAAUAGGAGCUAUCAUAUGUCCUUAUUUACUUUACAUGGGUCUAUACAGCAAGAUCCUUCCCUACAUCAUUUUUGGCACAGCCAGUAUUAUGGCUGCUGCCAUUAGCAUGUUGUUGCCAGACACCAGAAACAGCAAACUCCCUGACCUUCUCAUCCAGACCAAACACAUCAGACGCUUCUCCUGCUGUUCAAAGGAAGCUCUUUCAACCCGACCUGAUGCAACUGAAGGCUUCAAAGAAGUGAACUAGAGUGCCAUCUACUGAAAGGAAAUCACACAGCAAGUGUGGAAGGACCACAUGCAUUUGAAAAUGAACUACAUGUAUCGUUAGCUUUAAGAUGUGUCUGUAGGACUGUGAGAGGUUAAUCUGAAGAAAGUUAACUGAGCUUCUUUGUUCUUGUCAUGCAGAAUUAGUGAUAUACUUAAAUUCCUGGGUUUACACUUUCUCCAUCCAGAGUCUUAAAUGGUGCUUUUGUUUUUGGCCUACUUGAUUGUUCGUCUGUUUGUUUUUCAGAAUGUAUUUUUAUGCACUCUUGUAUUUACAACAUUUAUUAAAAUAAACUGCAUCUCACAAUGACGUAGACAAAAAAUAAAUUGUGUAGAUGGUUUUGAAAUAGAUUUGCCUAAUUUGAUAAGUCUUCAUGUCUGUCCAGUUUUUGCUGAUUUAGAAAAACACCCCUCAUUUGAUUAUAUUGUGCUAGGAAACUCAGAUUUAUUGAAACGUGUGUAAAAAUACAUUCGGAAUACAAAAAUAGUUUGCACAAUUCUAAAGAGCCUGAAAGUGGUAUCACCCUUAUUUUUCAGUAUGUCCUGAACUCUUUUAAGUUUUCUUAGGAAUAGUUCUCCAGGGUUCUUGAACAAUAUUCAAGCUCUUCUGUUUUGUUUGUUGGCUGUAUUUUGUUCUGUUCCCAGUGUUGUGGUCCAGAUUCUGAUGAGGCAAAUCCAUCACUUCCAGUGUUCCACUAAAGACAUGAUUUUCAGAUUGUGUUCAUUUGUUUCUUCAAUUGUUUUUCUCUGAAGAACACACUGCACACCAUGAUGACAUGUUGUGUUUGAGCUAAUAGCUCUUACAAUGUGUAGACACUACACUGGUUUCAAAGUGGUGUUUUUUGCUUCCAUAAUUCAUAGGUCAGUGUUAAAUGGCUUAAUACCAUAAAACAGAUACAUAGUCUUCUGAAAAUGGUCAGGUACAACAACUUGGCCAAACCUGAGUGAAAAAUCAACCAAUGUCCAAAGAAAAAACAGAGGGUCUUUCGAAAGUCUGGAGAAUUAUUGCCCAUGACAACUUAAAAAAAUAAUAAAAAAUAAAUAAAUGCAAGAAAGGCUGGCAGUGUGGAAGGAUGAAAUAAAGAAAUGAAGGCUGGCUUGAGACCUUCGCACGGUAAUGUACAUUGCUAAUCCGAGAAAGAAGCGCAGUCACAAUAGAAAGUCUCAGGCCUCCGUUUUGUGCUUCAGGUGAAUGGAUGAAUUGUUAGCCAAUCAAACAGGCAGCUUGGAAGGCUAUAGAUCCGAAAGACUUUCAAGCAGUACCAUCAGCUUCACGAUUAUUUAUUUAUAUAAAUAAAUAUUUGAAAAGCCUGC